AUGGCCCUCCCUAAACACCUCCAGGCAGGGCUCACUCCAGAUGAACUCACGUUCAUCGCAGAAGAAGACGUCAUCGACAUUGUUCCCCUCUUCUCAAUGUCCCGUGUCCGUCUCCUCUCCGGCAUCUACGGUCCCUUUACGCCUCCUGGGCGAGCACAGGUGCCCCUCUGGCUCGCGCUGAGUCUCAAGCGUAAGCGAAAGUGCAGGAUUGUGGCCCCAGAAUGGCUCCAGGUCGGUGAGUAUGUGUGGGAGGUGCUGUCACAGGUGGAGCGAAAGGACUCAAAAGGUCUCUGCGAGCUGUUGUCUGUCUCCAUCGGCACCAUACGUUUCGUCAGCUUACACUACUUUGCAGAGAAGCUCCAGGUGCUACUCAGGAACGAACGCGAUACAGUUGAAGGCUUUCAGGCCCUCCCUCGCCACUUCAUCGAGAUCUCAAAGGUCCUCCUCGACGUGGCGUCUGACGACCUCCAGCAGCCAGGCCAGCUGCGCUCCUUGCUCAAAGACCUGCGCGAGCUCCGCCAGGCCAAGACGCGUACCGGUAUGCAGAGCGAGGGCGUCAUGCGUGGAACGCAUCUCGAUGUGACAAACAUGACCCCCCUCGAGCUGUGUGAGGUCAAACCGUUCAUCAUCAAGGCCAUGGGCAUGAUGCAGAGCCUCGAGCCCGAGGAGGAGCAGGAUUAG